AUGGACACUAAUACAGAGUUACAACAACUGUUGUUGGAGAGAAUCGGACUGGACCCACAUAGGACUAUACUGUUUGAAGACUUACCAGAGGUGAUGACAGCAUUCGCAUUGCACAUACCAUUCGAGAACUCUGAUGUCAUUGGUCAUCAACCAUCUGGUAUCUCUAAGGAGUAUCUGAUUCAAAAGGUGAUCAAAUCAAACAGGGGUGGUCUCUGCUACCACCUCAAUCGACUGUUCUACCUCUUCCUGGUCGACUGUGGCUUCAACGUCACUCAACAUGUUGGCACCGUAUGGAACCAACAAACACUUGACAAGUGGGCACCAAACAACGGCCACAUCAUAACAGUCCUGCACAAAGAGAACGAUGGCGCCACCUCUGACUUUUUGAUUGACGUUGGCUUUGGUCUGUUCCUUGCGCUGAAGCCCAUACCACUUGGAGGCCAAGAGGUGACCUCCCGCACUGGCUCAUACAGAUGGAACGUGCAACAGACCGAGAAGGGAACACACUUGCUCGAGGCCAAGAAUCCAAACGAUCAAUGGCGUCUGGGCUACGCCUUUUCUACCGACAUCAUUGCAACCGAGCAGACUAUCAACACAACACAACGCUUGAUCCACGAGGACGAGCUCGAGACAUUCAACGUCAAUCAUCUAACCUGUUUGCUACUUGCACCCGAAGUUGGCCAGGCCGUAUUAACUGGCGAUAGCUUCACAAUCACCAAUCCCUCUGGAGAGAAGGACAAGAAGUCCGUAACACCUGAUGAGAGAUUGGAACUGUUAAAGACUGUAUAUAAGUUCAAGUAA